GCCGAUCAGUGUUCCCCGGGAUCUUGUCGCGCAAUGGCCGUCGCACCGAGCAAACUUCUGGAGCCGCCCCUGAACGGGCUGCACUGCGCCAUUCUGCACAGUCUACCGGGUCAGAGUUGCACGAAAGCUUUCCUUUGGAAUCUGUACCGCAACCAUGUCUCCAGUGCAAAGUACUAUUCACCCUUGUUGCUGCUUCCCUUGCUGAUGAACUGGCGACGUCUGUCUAAGACCUUCGUACUUUCUGUGCUGAGGAACUAUUUGCAAUCCGCCAGUUUUGCCGCCUGCAUCAAUGCCAUCACAUUUUAUUUAAUGUGCGUAGGCAGGCGAUUUAGUGGUCGAUUUGUCCUGCUCUUCAUACCAUACAUACCCUGCUUUAUUGCCUCUCAACUCAGCUGGUUUAUGCCUCCUCAGGUUCUGCACUUCUUUGUGACUGGAAUAACACCUGCGGCCAUAGAGAGCUUGCUGAGGUAUUUUGACGCCGGCUUGGUGCACUCUCCCUUGGCUCAGACCCUCAUCUUCAUGGUAUCCUCUGUGGUGGUCUUGCACUAUCAGCAGACCCGAAAGUACUCCGGUUUCUGGUUUAUCCGGCCAUCAUCUUUGGCCGAGGAUCACAAGGAAUGGAGCAUCUUCAGGCAAAUGACUCAGGGCCUACGGGAACUAAGAUCUUACCUGGGCAUUGGACUUGUAUUGGAUCUAUUAAAUCCCAUAAUGAGAAGAAACCUGAAGCUUUUGCGACCAAAGAUGACCAGUUUCCUGGCCGGCUACAUAGGAUUGUUUAAGCUGGUGCAAUUGCUACCGUUUAAAAAUCUAGAUGAGGAGCAGGUCAAUGCUCUUGCCUCCUUUAUAAGUGGAGCUUCCUUUGCCCUUUUGCCGAAUCGACUUACAUUUAUGUGCUUUGCUGUUGUCACGGCCAUGCAGGUGAUUUGGCAACAGGUGAGCAGUCUUAAAGCCGAAAAAGACCCGGUACUGUCUGGGGUGCAAAAGAUUCCCUGGUCAAGACUCCUGAUACCCACUUGCCUGGCUUACCUGGUCCACAUUUUCUUCUACCACCAACGGCAUCUUAACGAGAUAGCUCGUAGUUUUAUAGACUCCACAUGUGAUAAAAAUGGCCAGCGACUAUUGGAUAUAAUGAAUCUGCCCGACACUAAGACCAUUUUAGAAACGGUGAAUAAGUACCCAAAAACUGCGUUUUUGUUUUAAAAAAUUUAAAUAAAAUUUUAAGUUCUACUAAAAAGCAUCGAUUUACUUUUAAAAUAUUAAAAAGUUCUUAUAAAAAAAAUGUAAACUUAAAUAGUCAGUAGUAAAUCAUAAAUGGCGCUAAAGUUUUAUCACAUACGUAUUUACCAUAUUACGUUAUAAACGAUGCGCAUAAAUUAUUUGUAUCUAA